AUGGAUCACUACAAAACCCUAGGAUUGAACUCCGGCGCAACCAAACACGAGAUCAAAGAAGCUUUCAGAAAAUGCGCCCUAAAAUUCCACCCCGAUCGCCACUCAAACUCCACAAAGGAGAUCAAAGACGGCGCUUCCAUUAGGUUCAAGCAGGCGUCGGAGGCCUACGAGGUAUUGAUCGACGAUCGGAAGCGCAGAGACUACGAUUUCAGUCGCCGGAGUAGUUUCAAUGGAGGAGGGAGGGGUUUCGGUUAUGGAAAUGGUGGGAGUGGAGGCAGCUAUUAUCGUCGAGGCGCGAGGAGAGAUGGGGAGGGGCUUCUCAAUGUUGCGUUUGCGAGUUUGCUAUUUGGUGGAGCAGUAAUUAUAGAGAGAAGUGUGGAGACACUCUGGAGAGUGAAUAAUUCUGGGAAAUCACCAAAUGCAUCUAAGAGAUGGGCAAACUUCUACAUUUUCUUUUUAAUGCCAGGUUACAGAAAUUUGCCUGCAAGGCUUCUUUGCAAUGUUUUCAUUUUUAUGGCGGGUCUGAGUUAUGUUGAGUACUACUUGCGGCUAUUGAUUUUACGCUUAAGAGCUGGUCUUUUUCUAUACAGAAAUCAUUUGAAGAAACCCUGA